AUGCCAUUUGGCAUUUCAAGCGCCCCAGGGUUAUUUCAAAAAUUUAUGGAGGAAGUAAUCGUUGAUAUUCCCCAUUGCGCCGUUUACCUCGACGAUAUAAUUGUGUCAGGUCAAAAUGAUGACGAACACAUAACCAAUGUCAAUAUGGUUUUUCAACGCUUGCGGCACCACGGGUUACAAUGUAAAUUAGAUAAAUGUAGUUUCGCACAAAAGCAAAUAGAAUACGUGGGCCACAUUAUAGACGAUAAGGGUAUCCAACCUUCAGAAAAGCGUGUCGAUGCGAUCAAAAAUAUGCCUAGACCACAAAACGUGACCGAAGUAGAGGCAUUUAUUGGCAAAGUAAACUAUUAUAAUAAAUUUAUUGAUAGUUUUUCAACAAUUGCAGCGCCGUUAAAUAGGCUGCGAAGAAAAAGUUCUGUAUUUCAGUGGGGAAAAGAAGAGGAGAGUGCCUUCCAAUCUCUUAAGAACUCGAUCGUUGAAGCUACUCGACUAGUUCAUUACGACGACAAUCUACCUAUCAUACUCGCCGUGGAUGCAUCCAAGCUGGGUGUUGGCGCGGUCUUAUCGCAUCGUUUCAAGAAUGGUGAGGAAAAGCCAAUCGCACACGCAUCGAAGACACUAAACAGCAGUCAGAUAAAUUAUUCACAGGUGGAAAAAGAGGCUUUGGCCAUUAUCUACGGCGUAACUAAAUUCCACCAAUAUCUCUACGGGAGAAAAUUCGAGCUUUUCACUGAUCAUCAAGCACUUACAACGUUGUUUAAUCCCGCAAAAAGGCUACCGGUUAUGGCAUUACACCGUAUACAACGUUGGGCUAUUGUACUUCAAGCAUACAACUAUACAAUCCGAUAUAAGAAAUCUUUUCAAAACGCUAAUGCAGAUGCGCUCUCGAGAUUGCCAUGUGGUGAGGACCCUGAAUUUGACAAAGGGGAAAAUAGUGUUUUUAGCAUCGAUGUAAACUAUGAAGCCGCUGUCAAUAGCUUUCCAAUAACGGAUCACGUUAUUAAACAAAUGACUGAAGAGGAUGAAACUUUGAAGCUGGUGCUCAAAUAUGUGCUUGACGGAUGGCCUCAGCAUGCGAUUCCAAAAAGCCUUCUGCCAUACUUCAAUCGAAACCUGUGCUUAUCAGUACAGAAUGGCGUACUACUGUUGCAUACCGACUACACUCGAGUUAUCAUACCUAAACAACUUCAAGGCAGGGUAUUAACGAUGCUCCAUGACGGACACUGGGGCAAAAGCCGCAUGAAAGAGAUGGCUAGACGGUAUGUUUGGUUUCCUACGAUCGAAAAAGAAAUUGAAAAAAUAUAUGACAACUGCUCUAUAUGUCAAUCGACUGCAUCGUUGCCUAAACGCGAAUUUUCAAAAUGGCCGGAAGCAACACAGCCAUGGGAGCGAAUACAUUUGGACUUCGCAGGCCCAUUUUAUAACCGCAUGUGGUUGAUUAUUGUGGAUUCAUAUUCUAAGUUUCCUUAUGUAAUUGAGCUAUCGGCAGCAACUACAACAACGACCGUAGCCGCUCUUCAGAAAAUUAUUUCCGUCGAAGGGCUUCCGUGCACCAUUGUUACGGACAAUGGAACGCAAUUUACCUCGCACGAGUUUCAACAAUUCUGCAAACGGAACUCUAUCCAACAUCUUACAACUGCACCAUUCCAUCCUGCCUCAAAUGGGUUAGCAGAAAGGUUCGUGCGAACUUUUAAAGAAGCUUUUGUGAAAAUAAUGAAAACAGAGCAUCAGACCGAGCGUGCUUUGUACAAGUAUCUUACCACUUUUCGAACCACACCUAAUCCGGUCUCUGGCAAGUCGCCAGCAGAGCUACUUCAUGGUCGCCAACCACGAACAAUACUAGCGGCCAUGUUCCCAACGUCGGCUCAGCGCCAAAAGUCAGAAAGUAAAUUUGUAUCCGGUGCACGAGUUUGGGCUCGAAGCUAUGCAGGGCCAUCACGUUGGGUUGAAGGAAAAAUACAACAGAUACUGG